AGAAAUUCUGAGGCCUAGGAAGUCGUCUGUCAUGAGAUACAGUACUGUCACGGUGACAGUAGCGUCCUGCCAAAAAGUGGAAAGCUGACGAAAAAGAAUAAUCGAACAAAUAACGAAUAAUCAGGUACUACCUGACAAUCAUAUCCCGCUAAGAGCAUCAACGUGAACAUGAGGCUGUUAACGAUUGGCUUCUUCGUCGUUCUUCAUUUUAAUAUUCAGACAGGACAGGCUAUAGACUGUUUCAAAUGCGUCUCCGAGGGCGGUAACAAUAAAGCCUGCGACGAUCCUUUUCACAAUAAUGGAAGUCUUGGAUUUUUGGAAUCUCCUUGUCAGGGCGGACGGAAGGGACGAGACGGACCGUUUCCCGCCACUGCUUGUAUUAAACUCGCUGGAGUUUUUGCUGAAACUGGCAGCACCCUCACGAUAAGAGCAUGUGCACUCGACAGUGGAACUUUGACAACCGAUUCUGAAAUAAUCAGAAUGUCUCAUUGCGGUGGAUUUUACUACAACGACAAAUACGUUCGCGGAUGCGUCCAAUCCUGUAGCGACGCCGACGCCUGCAACGCGUCCCGACGCCAUUCCAUAUCCUUUUUACUGGCAGCAACAAUUCUGGCAGUUCAUCUACAAGGAGCUCGAAGAUUUUCUUGAGAAAGUUCAUAAGGGAUUGAUAUAAGUUUUUCUUUUUCUUAUCUAAAAUCGCCAUGUAGUUAAUCCAAUGAUGACACAACGAUUGUACAUAAAUACCAUACUGCCUUGCUAAACGAAUUUACAAUUAGACGCUAUUUUAAUCUUAAUGGCAGAUUUUAAAAUUUGGAUAAAGUGCAAUAUACAAUGUAAGAAGGGCCUCGAUUUUAACGGCAAACCUGACAAUCUCCAUUCUCAACCAAUUGAAAAAAAAAUUAACACUAACCAAACGAGAUCUAUGAUUUUUAGUGAUUUUUCUCGUAUCUCUGAAGCUGCGACUGCUGUCAGAGUUCAUGAUUAUUUCUGUAAUCUUAAUUUCAUAAUGGUGUUCCAACCAACGAUUUUACAAAGAUCGGUUAUAUGCUUAAAUAUAGUUGAAUGCGCAAUCCUCUUUCACAUACGAAACACUGUGCUAAUGGGUAAACACAAACAUGUCAACACGCAAACGCGUUACAUUAAGGUUCACUUAAAAUACUCUACAUAGUUUCAUAUUUCAUACGAUAGUACUGUAUUAUUCUAGUAUACAGUAUUUUAUAUAUAUAACCGUGAAUAUCGCUUUGCAGACGCAUUCAGUUUAAAUUAAUCAAAUGGUUUGAUUACAGUGUAUUUUAAUAAGACUAUCGAUAAAGUUUUUAGCGUUACGCAAAUCAGGUAUAUACUUAAGUACUGAUAGCAAAGCUAUGGUAUUUCGAAUAUAUGUAUUAUUUAUGUUUUCAAUUAACGAUUGAUUUUUAUUUUUAUAUAAAAUGAACUUUGCAUUUGUAUUACCAACGUUAAUAUACGAAUUAAUUUAUAUCAGUUCAUACGUGUUCGAAACACCAACUGACCUUCGUGAUUUUGACAAAAAGACGAAUUGGCAGCUCCUAUGUGUAAUUCAAUUUAAUAAUGCCGAUAGUCGUCUAUUCACGCGACAAUCACAGGGUUGGCAACGUUUGCGUGUCGCGGGGGCAAAAUUAAAAAAGCCUAUAAAGAAAUCGAAAUUUGCCAGUAAGUGUCCGUCGGCCGUUUGGAUUUGUGGGGUAAACGGAUUUUGAGAAAAAAAAGAUCGUACAAGUGAGCUAAUGGGAAAUCUACAUAUUGACCAAGAACAGACAGUCGAUUUUGACGAGUCGUUCGACGCUAUGAAAAUUAUACGACAAAUUUUGGAUUCCCUGUCACUGAACUGCGACGACACUUCGAAUUCCUAUUCUGCAUUGAUAAUAGCAGUCUUGUGGAUAGCCGUUCUUAAAAUCUAUAGCAACUGGUUCCUCCAGGUAAUUUUUGACUUCAAACAAUUUUUUUCAAAAAUUAUAUCGGCAAGUUCACAUCCAAAAAUCUCUUAUAAAUGUCUAACAAUAAAGUCCGUUGUGAACUUAAAAUUUUCAAAAGUUCCAAAAAAAUAAUGUAUACCUACAGUCGGUAAAGAAACCUGUGUACAAUACGCAAAUUCCAAACGAAAACUACGAUGUAACUUUUACUUACAAUUGUAACUACACUUAUCAAAUAUCUUAAUUCCACGUUCUCACUAAAAAAAAUAAAUACUUAACCUUCGCUAUCCGUAAGGCCAAUGCUGAAGGAAUAAAAAAAAUUUCCACAAAUUAUCAAUCAAUAGUCAUCGAACGAUAUCGGAGCGGAGAGUUCAGAGAACCUGUUUCCACUAUUGCGUAUCGUAAAAAGCUGACCUUUCAAAUCCAUUCGCCGCACUGGACGACUAUCGUUAUUAACAUUAUGCACAGCGUAUAAAUUAUCCGCAGUUCAAUUUCUUAAUAUUAUUCUCUUGCUCAUUAGGGUGCGUAUUAUCUUCGUGACGUGUCUGUAGAAGUCAUACAGAUAAUACUUAACGCCGUGGAAGGAACUAUUAAAGUUGUCACUGGAAUAUCAUUCAUGAGCUUUGAGUACCUUGCAUCAAUUUCUAUUGUCAUCCUUCUGUGGGUCGGAGCCACGAAAAUGGUGAUCAACAUUGCCAAAAAGAGGCCACGAAACGUGCGAAUUUCCAAAAAGUAUAGACACUCUCGCAUAACUCUAUCAUGAUAAUGAAUUGUAAUUCUACCAAACAAGUUAAACCUCACGUUAUACUGGAAGAUCAAAAGUAUUGGUCAUACGGUGUCCGUGCCGUUACCCUACAUAUAUUAUUUAUAACUAACGUGACUUAAUUUUACGUAUCAGUCGCUGUCCAUUGAAAAAUAUAUAAAAGUCAUUGUAUCGUUAAUUAAUUCUCUUGCUCUCGGGUGAUCAUAUUUAUAUACAACGUUUAUUAUUUUAUAACAAUGUGUAAAGCGGUAUAUCAAAUACAAUUACACGUUUAAUUUA